GCCAAAUUUAGCUACAUUGACCAUCCCCUUCCCGCGGCUGUUGUUCCCGUUCCUCCAUAAAAUCUCAUGGCAUCUCUUCGCUUUAAAUCAUUCCCGCAUCUUCUUCUCCUUGAUGCUUCCCUUAGCUCUAAUCCCUUCCACGUCUUCCACCUCACAACCCAACCGCAGCAAUGGCAACCCUGCGCUCCGGCGUCCUCCUCAAGCUCUUUCGAGACAUGGAGUCUUCAUCUUCCUCCGACUCAGACAUCCUCCCCGCCGACUUUUUCUCCGACGAAGACAAUGGCGAUGACCCCGCCAUUCUACAAGUGACCGGCAUCGUCCCUGCCAUAACUGACUCCGAUCUCUACCCUGAUCGAGGGUUUUAUCUCCAGGUCUCCGAUUCUUCGCACUCCACUUACGUCUCCCUCCCUCCGGGCCACGACGAUCUCAUCCUCAGUGACAAUCUCCAGAUCGGGCAACUCAUCCUCGUCCGCCGCCUCGAAGCUUCGUCUCCUGUUCCCAUCCUCCAUGACCUGCAACUCAUCCCAGGCCGGCAUCCCUUACCUCAUCACACGGUAACCAUAACUUCGCCUGCAACGUGCUCGACGAUUUGCCGAGCAAGGACGCCAGAGGGGAAAAAUCGAGAGCAGCAUUCUGCGAGCACGUGGAAGAUGGAUGGGAGGAAGAAUGAGAAUGCGACGCUGCAUUCCAAUGCUUGUACAGGUAUGACGGCACAGAGGAAGGAAUUGGAGAGGGUUUCCUCUGCCUUGAAGCAGCCGAUGAAAAUGGGGGCUUCACGGGUUGAUGAAGAGAGUGACGAGUCAGAUAAGUCAUCAGUUAUUACUACCAUCUCCAGCUCUGCCUCGCGUUCUUUUGUGUCUAUGAUUCCGAUGCCAAAGACGGUGAGAAAGAUCUGGGAACCGAAUGAGGGAUUGAAAGAUAGGCAACGAGAGGAUAAACCUAUCCUCAAAACGCGAAGUUCCACUGGUGAUUUGGCCCAUUUUACUUCUGGCAUCUCCAAAGGUGAAAGUUUGGUGGAACCAUGGGCGGCCAGAAGAGUUGGAGAUGUAGAACUAAAAGCACUACACAGUAAUUCUGCCAAAAAAAGGAAUUCUACUCCAAGCAAGUUGUCCACAAAAAAUCUUUCUGCAACAACUACAUUAAUUACAUAUGAUGACGUGAAGUGGCCCGGAAGCAAUGUGUUGUGGGGAUCUCUUACUUUUAACUUAGUGAAGUAUGGGAAGGAAGUCUUGAGAAAAAGGGAUAGCGCUCUCUCUAUUGCUUUGGAUGCCUUGCAGGAAGCAUGUGCAUUGGACAAAUUACUUGGAUGUCUGAGCACAUACUCGGAGUUACAAGCCAGCAAGGUCGACCACAAUCCUCAGAAGGUCGUAGACAAAUUCCUGGACUUCCAUGAAGAGCUUUCAAGAACCAUUUUAGCCACUCAAUCAUUGUCCAGAACCAAUUCCAGCUUCUCUCAACCUUUAUCCUCCUCCUUGCAUCAAGCAAAAGAUGCAUCAGAGAGAAGAAAAUGCGCAGCUUCAUGGAUCAAAGCAGCCCUAAAAUCAGAACUCUCAAGAUCUCCAAAAACAUCAAACACCAUUACAGAUCCUACAGAACCCUCAUCGCCCGACAGAAAGUCCCAAACCUCCAGGAGCAGGCAGAAGAAGGGCCCUGAUUCUCUAUCAGCUCUAAGUGCUCUACCCACCCUAAACUGCAACAUAAUUGCUGCUGAUUUGGCAAAGGCACUGCAGUCUGAAUGCAACAGAUGGUUUCUAAGAUUCAUUGAGAAAUUACUCGAUGUUAUUCAUACCAAGAAAAGCUGUUGCAAGACAAAUGAGUCUCAGAUUGCUUCUUUGCUGUGUCAACUGAAGCGAGUCGAUGACUGGUUGGCGACAGUGAGUACGAAGGAUAAAUGUUGGGCGACUGAACGUUCGAAAGAAAGCUUUGUGUUGGAGGACGAUGAUGGCGUGGCAUGUGGUAGGGUGAGAAGGAAGAUUUAUGAGAUCCUUCUAAAGCAUCUGGGGAGUGCAGCCAUGGCUUUGGAGAGCUUGAGCACCACAGAUGAAGAUAAGGCCGCAGCUCGGUGAAGUUUACUUUACUGUGUAAAUUCUGUUAUCUAACAUCAUGCAUGGCGUUGCAUGGAUAAGAUGCUGAUACAGAUAGUGCGAGGAUCAUUCCUUGUCUGCUGUUAAUAUUUAAUUUUUUUCCAAGUUCUACGUCAUUUGUUGAUUAGAACUGGCUGUGUUCAUGGUAGAGUGUAAAGUUCAUGAACUCAUGUUUAUUGUAUAAAUGUUUAGGGUUUAGAGUGUAGCAGACUUGACGUUGGCUUUUAUUGUCAUUGUAUAGAUUGUUGACACGUGUUCUUACAUCA